CUGGUUAAAAGCUUUUUAGUUUGUGCGCCGACUUAAUUAAAUUAUACACUCGCAUUUGCAAUUUGCAAAUCGAAUAAAGAAUAACACAAAUAAACUGACAAUGGCAGACAACGUUGAUCUGGGCAAGUGCUUCGAAAUCAUCAACAACUUGACCACCGAGGCGGGGCGUCUAAUUGUGCACAACAAUGAGACUCGCCAGGACUUCGUGUGCAAGUCGGGCGACAUUGAUUUGGUGACGCAAACGGAUCAGGAUGUAGAGAAGCUUAUAAUGAACGGCAUUCGUCACCACUUUCCAAGUCAUAAAUUCAUUGGCGAGGAGGAAAGCAGCACAGAUGCUGGAGUUAAGAAGCUGACGGAUGAGCCUACCUGGAUAAUUGAUCCCGUGGAUGGCACCAUGAACUUUGUCCAUGCAUUUCCCCACUCGUGCAUUUCGGUGGGUCUAAAAGUAAACAAGGUCACGGAAAUGGCUAUUAUAUACAAUCCUAUGCUGGAGCAGCGAUUUACGGCGCGACGUGGCCAAGGUGCCUUUUAUAACGGACGCCGCAUACAAGCCAGCGGCCAAAAGGAGCUAAGCAAAGCUCUAGUAACCAGCGAGUUUGGCACCACUCGUGAUGAGCAAAAGAUGAAGGUGGUCAAUGAGAAUUUUGCCAAUAUGGCAAAGAAGGUGCAUGGGUUGCGCGUGCUGGGUUCGGCGGCUUUGAACAUGGCUAUGGUUGCGCUCGGCGCUGCUGAUGCCAACUACGAGUUUGGCAUUCAUGCCUGGGAUGUGUGUGCUGGCGACUUGAUUGUGCGCGAGGCGGGAGGUGUGGUUAUCGACCCAGCCGGCGGUGAGUUUGACAUCAUGUCGCGACGUGUGCUCGCCGCUGCAACUCCCCAGCUUGCCCAGGAGCUAAGUAAAGAGCUGACGCAAUUCUAUCCACAGCCGCGAGAUGAUUAAGCGGCGCUUUACUUGCAUUGCACGUUUGCAGCAGUGGAAAAAGCAUUUCAUUAUUUUGAUUAAUCCAAAGAGUUUGCAUUGUUCGCGAAAUAAAACUCGUGUCAUGUACACCAUAUACACAUAA